GUUUGGGUUUGAGAGUCAGAUAGUUUUUUUCACCUAAUCGGAGAGUUUGACGACAAAAUCGGGGAGUAAAUUUGAAAGAUUCUCCAAUCUCUUUGUCAAGGUUAAAUGAAGAAAGAACGACAAAUGCUCAUACAAGCUCCGACUGAUUCCUUUUCAGCAAUGAAGCAAGGUGUUGAGAAACGUAAAGAAAGAAGGAAGUGGACACCCAACGAAGAUGUUGUGCUCAUCAGUGCGUGCUUGAACACCAGCAAGGAUCCAGUUGUUGGGAAUGAGCAAAAAGCUGUAGCGUUUUGGAAACGCAUUCAAGCUUAUUUUAACUCAAGUCCACAACUUGUUGGUCUGCAAAAUAAAGAGGCCAGUCACUGUAAGCAAAGGUGGGGAAGGUUAAAUGACCAAGUAUGCAAGUUCGUUGAAUGCUAUGAGGCUGCAAUGAAAGAGCAAUCAAGCGGCCAGAAUGAGAAUGAUGUUAUGAAAGUGGCUCAUGAAAUCUUCUUCAACGAUUACCAGGUCAAGUUCACCCUUGAACAUGCAUGGAGGGAGCUUCACCAUGACCAUAAAUGGUGUUUGACUUCUUCUGUUAAAGAUGGUAAGGUCAAAAAAAAAAAGCUUGAGGAGGGUUGUGCAUAGUCUUCAAGCUCCCAACCAGAAAGCCAUGGAGAGGAUGUAUCAAUGGCUCAUCUGCCUGGUGUUAAGGCAUCAAAGGCUAAAGCUAAAAUGACUGGGAACAAGAUAACCAGUGCUAAAGAAGAAAGCAAGGAACUGUUGGAGUUACAGAACGUGUGGGAGAUAAAGCAAAAAGACUUGGAAAUAAAAGAGAAGCUUUCUAAGAAUAAAUUGCUUGGCAGUCUCCUUUCAAAAACAGAACCACUUUCUGAUAUAGAAAUAGCGCUAAAGAACAAGCUAAUUAGUGAGAUGUUGUCAUAAGUACUAUCUCCUUAUAAUCUCUCAUGCUUUCCAACGAUUGGUAAAGUUUUAAGACUUUCUUGUGGGUUUUGACUUUUGUGUCCUUAUUUAUGUGAUUUGG